AUGGCGCAGGCGGGCGGCGGCGCCGGGGGUCGCGGGCUCGGUGGGGCCCGCUGGGGGCGUCCGGGCUCGGCCGCGCACGAGAAGCUGCCGGUGCACGUGGAGGAUGCUCUCACCUACCUCGACCAGGUGAAGAUCCGCUUUGGCAGUGACCCAGCCACCUACAACGGCUUCUUGGAAAUCAUGAAGGAGUUUAAGAGCCAGAGCAUCGACACCCCUGGGGUCAUCCGCCGUGUGUCCCAGCUCUUCCACGAGCACCCGGACCUCAUUGUGGGCUUCAACGCUUUCCUCCCGCUCGGCUACAGGAUCGACAUCCCCAAGAAUGGGAAGCUGAACAUUCAGUCCCCUCUGGCGAGCCAGGAGGGGCCACACCACCAUGGGGACGUGGCUGAGGGCCUCCGGCAGCCCAUGCCCUGCAAGGAGGACAAGACGCAGGCCCCGCUGGAGGCCGACUCGGUGGAGUUCAACAAUGCCAUCAGCUACGUGAACAAGAUCAAAACCCGCUUCCUGGACCAUCCCGAGAUCUACAGAGCCUUCCUGGAGAUCCUGCACACGUACCAGAAGGAGCAGCUGAGCGCGCGUGGCCGGGCGCUGCGGGGCAUGUCGGAGGAGGAGGUGUUUGCCGAGGUGGCCAGUCUUUUCCGCGGCCAGGAGGACCUGCUCUCCGAGUUUGGACAGUUCCUGCCCGAAGCCAAGCGUUCCCUGUUCACAGGAAAUGGGCCAUGUGAGGUGAACAGCGGCCCCAAGAGCGAACAGGACCGGGGCCUGGAGCAGAGCAAGAAGCGCUCGCGGCCCUCCCUGCUGCGCCCGGUGUCUGCACCUGCCAAGAAGAAGAUGAAACUCAGGGGCACCAGGGACCUGUCGGUGGCAGCCGUGGGCAAGUACGGCACCUUGCAGGAAUUCUCCUUCUUCGACAAGGUACGCAGGGUGCUGAAGAGCCAGGAAGUCUAUGAGAAUUUCCUACGAUGCAUCGCGCUCUUCAACCAGGAGCUGGUGUCGGGCUCGGAGCUCCUGCAGCUGGUCAGCCCGUUUCUGGGGAAAUUUCCAGAACUCUUCGCGCAGUUCAAGUCCUUCCUGGGGGUGAAGGAGCUGUCCUUCGCCCCGGCCCUGAGCGACAGGUCCGGGGACGCCAUGAGCCGGGAGGUGGACUACGCGUCCUGCAAGCGCAUCGGCUCCAGCUACCGGGCGCUGCCCAAAACCUACCAGCAGCCGCGCUGCAGCGGGAGGACGGCCAUCUGCAAGGAGGUGCUCAACGACACGUGGGUGUCUUUCCCGUCCUGGUCCGAGGACUCCACCUUCGUCAGCUCCAAGAAGACGCCUUACGAGGAGCAGCUGCACCGCUGUGAGGACGAGCGCUUCGAGUUAGACGUCGUCCUGGAGACCAACCUGGCCACCAUCCGGGUGCUGGAGAGUGUGCAGAAGAAGCUGGCCCGCAUGGCACCCGAGGACCAGGAGAAGUUCCGCCUAGACGACUGCCUGGGCGGCACGUCGGAGGUGAUCCAGCGCCGGGCCGUGCACCGAAUCUACGGUGACAAGGCCCCGGAGAUCAUCGAGAGCUUGAAGAAGAGCCCCCUCACCGCCGUGCCCGUGGUGCUGAAAAGGCUGAAGGCCAAGGAGGAGGAGUGGCGGGAGGCGCAGCAGGGCUUCAACAAGAUCUGGCGCGAGCAGUACGAGAAGGCCUACCUCAAGUCCCUGGACCACCAGGCCGUGAACUUCAAGCAGAACGACACCAAGGCUCUGCGCUCCAAGAGUCUGCUCAACGAGAUAGAGAGCGUCUAUGAUGAGCACCAGGAGCAGCACUCGGAGGGCCGCGGCGCCCCGUCCAGCGAGCCGCACCUCAUCUUCGUGUACGAGGACCGGCAGAUCCUGGAGGACGCGGCGGCGCUGGUCAGCUACUACGUGAAGCGGCAGCCGGCCAUCCAGCGCGAGGACCAGGGCACCAUCCAGCAGCUGCUGCACCACUUCCUGCCCGGCCUCUUCUUCCCGCAGCAGCCGGACGACGAGCCGCGCGCCAGCCCCCCGCCCGCGGCCGCCGAGCCCCCCGCGGAGCGCAAGAAGCCCGCGCCCGCGCCCACGCCGCCGCCGCCGGGCAGUCCCGCGGGGCCGGGGCCAGUGCCGCCGCCGCCCGACCAGGGGCCCGCGGGCGAGGCCCCGGCCUCCGAGCCGCCGCCCCCGCCGCCGCCGCCCAAGCCCCUGGACGACGUGUACAGCCUCUUCUUCGCCAACAACAACUGGUACUUCUUCCUGCGGCUGCACCAGACGCUGUGCUCGCGGCUCCUCAAGAUCUACCGGCAGGCGCAGCGCCAGCUGCUGGAGCACCGCGCCGAGCAGGAGCGCCAGAGCCUGCUGGGCCAGGGCCGGCGCGAGCGGGCCAGCGACCCCGCCACCGAGCUGCGGCUCAAACAGCGCAGUGAGGUGGAGCUGGAGGAAUACUACCCGGCCUUCCUGGACAUGGUGCGCAGCCUGCUGGACGGCAGCGUGGACCCCGCGCAGUACGAGGACGCACUGCGGGAGAUGUUCACCAUCCACGCCUACGUGGGCUUCACCAUGGACAAGCUGGUGCAGAGCAUCGCCCGCCAGCUGCACCACCUUGUGAGCGAUGACGUGUGCCUGAAAGUGGUGGAGCUGUUCGUCACCGAGAAGAAGCGGGGCGCAGCCGGCGGGAGUCUGUCCUCACGCUGCGUCCGAGCAGCCCGGGAGACCAGCUACCAGUGGCGGGCCGAGCGCUGCAUGGCUGACGAGAACUGCUUCAAGGUGAUGUUCCUGCAGCGCAAAGGGCAGGUGAUUAUGACCAUUGAGCUGCUGGACACGGAGGAGGCCCAGACCGAAGACCCUGUGGAGGUCCAGCACCUGGCACGUUAUGUGGAACAGUACGUGGGUGCCGAUGGAACCUCGGGCACUGCCAGCGAAGGCUUCCUGCUCAAGCCCGUGUUCCUGCAGAGGAACCUGAAGAAGUUCCGGCGUUGGCAGUGCGCUCAGGUACGGGCGCUCCGCGGUGAGGCCCGAGGCUCCUGGAAGCGGCUGGUGGGCGUGGAGAGCGCAUGCAACGUGGACUGUCGCUUCAAGCUCAGCUCACACAAGAUGAUGUUCAUCGUCAACUCCGAGGACUACAUGUACCGCCGGGGCACACUCUGCCGGGCCAAGCAGGUACAGCCCCUGGUUCUGCUGCGUCACCAUCGCCACUUCCAGGCCUGGCACGGCCGCUGGCUGCAGCACAACGUGACGGUGGAGGCGGCCAGCCUGGUGCAGGACUGGCUGAUGGGCGCUGAGGACCAGGACCUGGUCCCCUGCAAAACACUGUGCGAGACGGCACAUGUUCAUGGCCUUCCUGUCACUCGUUACCGCGUACAGUACAGCCGCCGGCCCGCCUCACCUUGACCUCACCGGACUCGCCUGGACCUGGCCUGGACACCCAUCAGAUGCGCCCAAGCCCGGGUUGGGCCGCCUGUGGAGGGGCUGAGGAUGGUUCCCCCAUCUUGCCCUUUUGCACCUCUUGUGCCAAAUCUCCAUCAGGGAAACUGGGGGGGGGGCAGUUGCUGCCAGGACUUAGCGCCCCACCCGGCCCUCACUUGGGCCUUCAAAAGGGGCCAGAGGACACCUGGGCGCCGCCCUUAGGCACAGCCAAACGAACGGCGCAUGCACGGUUGGUCCACUUUGGGGUGAAGAAGACCCUGUGGUUGGGGUCACCCCCAACGUGUGGGGAGCCUCCGUGCCACGUGUCGAGCCGGUACAGGACAGGGGCUUGGAGGGCCCCAAAGGUUCUUUCUAGGAACACUACCUGUGCACAUAUUUAUUCCUCUUUUUUUUUUUUUGCUUCUUAGUGGUCGCCAGGCCUCUGCUGCUGGGGGCCCGAGGUGCGGCGACCUGGGGGGUAAAGCCCCGUGCGUGGUCCUCAGGAGCCAGAGUUGGACUAGCUGGGGAGCGGAAGGCUGGGGAUCCCACAGCAGGCACCCCCUGCAUGCUUCUAGGGAGCCUGGUGCGUUGGGGAAGGUUUUCUGUUCUGGCCCUUGCACUCCCUUUGCGCCUGUCUUGAAUGUAGUUUUCCAUUUCUAUUUAUUUGCACAUUAAAACCGGAACAUUAAGUCCUGA